CGCAUUGUCCUCUUGACGACAAUAAACAUGGAGGAAUAUGCACGAGAACCCUGUCCCUGGAGGAUAGUUGAUGACUGUGGCGGAGCGUUCACCAUGGGUACAAUUGGAGGAGGGGUGUUCCAGGCCAUCAAAGGCUUCCGAAAUGCUCCUGCAGGUGUGGGACACAGACUGAGAGGAAGUGCAAAUGCAGUGAGAAUACGAGCCCCACAGAUUGGAGGUAGCUUUGCUGUCUGGGGAGGCCUCUUCUCCACCAUUGAUUGUGGUUUAGUCCGCCUGAGAGGGAAAGAGGAUCCUUGGAAUUCCAUCACAAGCGGAGCUCUGACUGGUGCCAUAUUAGCAGCACGCAGUGGGCCGUUAACUAUGGUGGGUUCUGCCAUGAUGGGGGGAAUCCUGCUCGCUCUCAUUGAGGGAUUUGGGAUCCUCCUAACCAGAUACACAGCACAGCAGUUUCAGAACCCUAUUCCCUUUGCAGAGGACCCCAGUCAGCUACCUCCUAAGGACGGGGGUCCACAGCAGCAGCAGCAGCAGGGAGCAAAGGGGGAGUUUCAGUAGAGCAGCACAGGCUGAGGCCAGAAGAAGAGCCACUGGACACCGAAGCCGGUAUCAGGAGGAGCAGGAGAUGAAGACGGGCCCUGUCUGUGGUGUCAAACACUUGCACUAUGCGAUUUUACCUCAGGGGAAAAUGACUGUGUGUUUUAGUUAUUUAUACUGUAUGUGAAUGCUUUUAUGUGAAUCAGGAUCCUUGUGGCAAACCUCAUGUUUGAAUCUUUAGGAUCUCACACUAUAUUUCUGUCAAUGGUUAAACUUAUCCUCAAACCCUUGAGGAUUAUAUUUAAAAAUCCAAGGUGGCUGAUGUGCUUUAGCACUAAACUAACCAGACCUUAGUUUACAUUAUUGAGGUCAAGUGUUUGCUCUGUUAAACAAUGAAGCACUAGGAACUGAAUGCUGGAACUAGCUACCAAGCUAAGUAGCCUGCUGCUUUCUCUCUCAAGUAUUGACCUGCUUGGUUCUGACAUUCAGCAGCUUUUCAGGUUAUGACUUUACUAUGGAAAUGGCAAAAAAUGAAGUGUCUUAGUCAUAACCAGAACUUUUUUGGUUACAUGCACACUGAAAUUAAUUUGAUUGUAAAACCUUAAAAAAACCUGAGAUAUCAAAGAAAUUGUUUGAGACAUGGUGAUGCCUGCUGUCCAAGAGUGAGACAAAUAGGUAGCUUAGCUUAGUUCUGAUCAAAGACAACUAAUCUCUUAAUUAUUUUAGUAAAACUACAACACAAAUUCCAAAAAAAUGGGGUGCUCUCUAAAAUGUAAAUAAAAACAGAAAGCACUUAUUUUCAGAUCUCAUAAACCCAUAUUUUAUUCACAAUAGUACAUAAAUAAUAUCAGAUACUGAAACACAGAUAUUUACCAUUUCAUGAAAAAUAUUAGUUGAUUGUGAAUUUCCAGGCAGAGAACCCUAACCCCUAACCCUAAAAAAGUAGGGACAGGGCAACAAAAGUAAGUGGUACUGAUGGAAAACCGCUAGAGUAGCAUUUUCCAUCCAUCCAUCCAUCUUCAUCCGCUUAUCCAAGGUCGGGUUGUGGGGGCAGCAGCCUAAGCAAGGAAGCCCAGACUUCCCUCUCCCCAGCAACUUCGUCCAGCUCUUCCCGGGGGAUCCAAAGGCGUUCCCACGCCAGCUGAGUGACAUAGUCUCUCCAGCAUGUCCUGAGUCUUCCCCGGUGCCUCCUCCCAGUGGGACCUGCCCGGAACAACUUACCAGGGAGGCGUCCAGCAGGCAUCCGGACCAGAUG